UGUGUCUGUAACUGGUUACUCUGUUCUCUCUGCGUUUGACAGAGAGAAGGCUGUUGUGAUUUUUCUUUGUGUUCAAGAUGACAGUUACUCUGGACUUUGAAGAAUGUCUUACAGACUCUCCUCGUACAAGUGUACUCACCAGCGAAGACUGACCUCUUAGAGGGCUCCAAACAGAGACUCAAUGCCUAAACCCUCACCUGUUCAGGGCGGCAAUGGAAGAGGUGGAGUGUGAAGUAUCUGAUUUGGAGUCUCGUCUCGAAAAACUGGUCAAGCUCUCCUCUGUAAUGACUGAUGGUGGACGACAGUACUGUGGUUCCAGCCGCCAUUUUGUUUGUGCGCUGCGUGAAUUAUCUCAGCACUCUCCUAAAGACACCAUGCUAAAAGAAUGCUUGGAGCAAUUCUCAGAUGGUCUUAAUAAAAUAAUAGAGCAUCACAUGGAGCUCUUGGAGUCCAUACAGCUGAGUUUCAAACACAAACUACUGCAUCUUCUAAAGGAAGACCUACGCUCAUUCCGAGACAGUCGCAAAGAACUAGAGCGCUGCAGAGAGGGGUUAGAAAAUGCACUACAUCACAAUGCAGAGACCCCUCGUCGGAAACCACAGGAAGUUCAAGAAGCCACAAAUACUGUCCAAGUAGCUCGAAGAACAUUCCGAGAGAGAGCUUUGGAGUAUGCCCUACAGAUUAAUGUGAUUCAAGGGAAGAAGAAAUAUGACAUCUUACAGUUUAUGCUGCAACUUAUGGACGCGCAAGCUUACUUUUUAACACAGGGGCAACUUGCUCUGCAAGACUCAGAUAAGUUCCGCAAAGACUUGGCUGCACAGGUGCAUAAGACAGUGUUAGAGGCUGCCCGCGAACAAAGAGAUUUGGAACAAAAGCUGAUAAGCAUCAAAGACAAGGAUGUUUCUGAUGAAGAUGCAGUCUCCCAGGGCGAUGAUGUAAAUGCUGAGAUUGUGGUUGAAGGAUAUUUAUUCAAACGAGCAAGUAACACAUUCAAGACCUGGAGUCGGCGUUGGUUUUCCAUUCAGAAUAAUCAGUUGGUUUACCAAAAGAAAGUGAAUGUUUUUAAUGUGGUGGUUGAGGAUCUUCGGCUCUGUGCUGUGAAGCUGUGUCCUGAUGCAGAUAGGCGAUGUUGCUUUGAGGUUGUAUCCCCGACAAAGUCCUGCAUGCUGCAAGCAGAGUCAGAACGUGUGUUACAGCUGUGGGUCAGUGCAGUCCAAAAAAGUAUCACAACGGCCUACAGUGACAACAAGAGAGACAGCGGCAGCAUACGCUUGUCCCGUUCUCCUUCAGAGGCGCCCUCAAAUCAGAGAGGAUCUCAGUGCCCACAAGAUGCUGUUCUGAGGGUUCCAGGAAAUGCAGUCUGCUGUGACUGUCGAGCAGCGGAACCUGAGUGGGCGAGUAUCAACCUUGGUGUCACUCUUUGUAUUGAGUGCAGUGGGAUACACAGGAGCCUUGGCGUGCACUUCUCUAAAGUUCGGUCGCUGACUCUUGAUUCUUGGGAGCCAGAGCUUAUCAAGCUAAUGUGUGAACUUGGAAAUAACACAAUUAAUGGGAUAUAUGAGGCUCGAAUAGAAGAAAUGAGCAUAAAGAAGCCCACAUCUUGUAGUGCACGAAGUGAAAAGGAAAUUUGGAUACGUGCCAAAUAUGUGGAAAAGAAAUUCAUCACCAAACUCCCUCAGACAGCCCUGAGAAGCACCCAUCACCAUGGUAACCAACCGGACCGGCCAGUCAGCAGCCCUGAGGGAAGGUCCAUAACAGACCGACUGCACAGCUUUUCUGAAAUACAGAAAGAAAACAACAGGCCUGUUAGCAACCCUGGGACACUAAGGGAAACAAACUGGCCAGUCAGAAACAACGGAACAGAUCCAGAUACUAACCGACCAAUCAACAGACUCAGAAAAGCACAGAAACCAAUCCUGAGACCAAAACCACAGGCAAUCUCCUCUACAACUGGGACAGGGACUGAUGUACGUAAUCUGCACCCUGGUGCUCUCCUGUACCGUGCAGUGGAGCACCGUUACCUCCCAACUAUGGCAGAUGCCCUUGCACAUGGAGCAGAUGUGAACUGGGUGCGGACAGAAGAGGAUGAUCGUACGCCUUUGAUUCGUGCUGUUCUUUCUGAUUCUCUUGUUGCUUGUGAGUUCCUGUUGCAGAAUGGGGCAAAUGUUAACCUGACAGAUAAAGAGGGAAGAGGACCUCUGCACCACGCAACGCUGCAGGGAUACACUGGAUUGGCCUGUCUCUUCUUAAAGAGAGGGGCAGAUAUUAAUGCCUUGGAUAUCUAUGGGAAAGAUGUUCUCUCCAUUGCUAUAGAAACAGCCAAUGCUGACAUUGUAACCCUGCUACGGUUAGUCAAGAUGAGAGAGGCUGACAUUGCCCUUGGCCAGUCAGGUGAUGAAACAUAUUUGGAUAUAUUCCGUGAUUUCUCUCUCAUGGCAUCUGAUGCUCCUGAAAAAUUAUCCAGGAAAAGUGACUUUAGACUGAACACCCUGUGAAAGUAUUUGCUGCGGCACUGAGUUAUACCAACUACCAGAAACUUCUUCUGGCAACUUAUCCUGUACCUGAUCCAAGACACACCAUAAGAAACUGGUCAUUUUCACCACAAAAAGAUCCCAUACUAUUUAAAGACACUGCACAGCAAUUAAGAGGAACUGCAUCUUAGCACAGCCAAUAAAAAAAUGUAUUCUGA